GCUCGCAGGGGCCCGGAGCAGCGGGGAGCGCCCGGCCCCGGCCGCCCAGCCCGGGAGCAGGCGCUGGCCGCGUAGGGGAAGCAGCAUCUCGGCAGAGACCGGCGCUAGGAUGGUUCCCCCACCGCCCGUCAACAAGCCCCAUGUCUGCCUCUCCACCAUCCUCAUCAUGAGCAGCUUGGUGCUGAUGGAUGCUUACCUGGUGGAGCAGAACCAGGGCUCCCGGAAACUGGGCAUCUGCCUCAUGGUCUCGGUGGGUGACCUCUGCUUCCUGCUGGUGCUCCGGUACAUGGCGGUCUGGGUCGGGGCCGAGGUGAGGACAGCCAAGCGCGGCUACGCCAUGAUCCUUUGGUUCCUUUACGUCUUUGUGUUGGAGAUCAAGGUCUACUUUGUCUACCAGAACUACAAGGCUGACCGGAAGACCCUGGACCUUCUGGCUCGCAAAGCCCUGACCCUGCUGUUGUCUGUCUGCAUCCCAGCCCUCUAUGUGCUGCUGGUAGCCACUGAGCAUAUGGACUACGUCCGGACCUUCAAGAAGAAGGAGGACCUCCGCAACCGCCUCUUCUGGGUCAUCAUUGACAUGCUGGACGUGCUGGACAUCCAGGCCAACCUGUGGGAGCCCCAGAAGAAAGGGCUGCCCCUCUGGGCCGAGGGCCUCAUGUUCUUCUACUGCUACAUUUUGCUCUUGACUCUCCCUUGCGUGUCCCUGUGCGAGAUCAGCAUGCAAGGGUUCAGCAUCGUCCCGCACCGGAUGAUGCUCUACCCUAUACUGAGCCUGCUCACUGUCAACAUCGCCACCCUCUUCAUCAGGGGGAGCAACAUGGUCUUCUUCAGGGACGCCCGGGUCUCGGGCAUCUUCAUGGGCAAGAACGUGCUGGCCGUCGCGCUGAAGCUCUGUAUGUUUGUGCAGUACCGGAAGCAGCUGCGCAACAUGCCAGCAGGGCUCAGCGCUGAGCCCCAGCACAGCUCCACACCCCAGCCCCAGCCUGCCCUGCAGCUGCUGAAAUCCCAGAACCAGACGCCCGGCCCCAAGGCUCUGGGCCAGGGGAACACGUGACCUGAGGCGGGCACCGCAGACUGGAGCCUAACAAUGGCAGAGUACUGGCACCUGCCAAGUUCCCGCCCAGGGCUGGUUCCUCCAGGCAGUCUGUGAGCGACCCCUCCUUGCUUUGCACGGACAAACUGACUAGCCACGUCCUCACUGAGCACGGGGCUGGGGAACGGUCACUUACGGGGCAGCAUGGCAUAGAACAGGGCCUUGGCACCAUAGCCAAUGGCAGCCAGCCCCCAAGGCCAACUUGCGGGCCUUGUGGAGAGGCUGCCGAAGGGGAACAGGCAGUGCCAGGCAACAGGGUUGCUUCCCUGUAUUCCUUCAAUUGCAAGGGUGUCGCGGCGCGAUGGCUCUGUGGUGGGCCUGCUGGGAAUGUCCCGGGGGGACACAAUCUUCAUGCACUCCCUGCACAGUCUAACGGUGCCAAAGGGGGCACCCGUUCUGCCCUCGAUUGUUUCUGCUGGGCCCCUCCCUCUGCGUGCCCACACGUUCCGCCGCCCCCCUCCCACACACACACACACACAUCGCUGCCUGUUUCCUCCUCGGGAGUGCAGGAUUCCCCAGGGGAGUGGUGCCGGUACCGACCAGCUCCCAGCCCCAAGACGUCCAAUGGGACUCACUGCCUCGUGGGCCUUCUUCAUGAGCAUCUUCCUUUUUCCAAUAAAUGAGAGUCCAAGCCCUGCA